AUGUUGUUGGAGAAUGGCGCCACAGGGGGGGCCGUCAGAGGGGGGCGCCAGGGGGGGCGCCAGGGGGGGGGCGCCAGGGGGGGGCGCCAGGGGGGGCGCCUGGGGGGGCCGUCAGAGGGGGGCGCCAGGGGGGGGCGCCAGGGGGGGGCGUCAGAGGGGGGUGCCAGAGGGGGGCGCCAGAGGGGGGCCGUCAGAGGGGGGCCGUCAGAGGGGGGCACCAGAGGGGGGCCGUCAGAGGGGGGCCGUCAGAGGGGGGCGCCAGAGGGGGACCGUCAGAGGGGGGCCGUCAGAGGGGGGCGUCAGAGGGGGGGCGCCAGAGGGGGGCGCCAGAGGGGGGUGCCAGAGGGGGGCCGUCAGAGGGGGGCCGUCAGAGGGGGGCACCAGAGGGGGGCCGUCAGAGGGGGGCCGUCAGAGGGGGGCCGCCAGAGGGGGGGCGCCAGAGGGGGGCGCCAGAGGGGGGUGCCAGAGGGGGGUGCCAGGGGGGGCGCCAGAGGGGGGUGCCAGAGGGGGGUGCCAGAGGGGGGGCGCCAGGGGGGGGGGGGCAGAGGGGGGUGCCUGGGGGGGCCGUCAGUGGGGGGUGCCUGGGGGGGCCGUCAGUGGGGGGUGCCAGAGGGGGGCGCCAGAGGGGGCCGUCAGAGGGGGGCCGUCAGAGGGGGGUGCCAGAGGGGGGCGCCAGAGUGGGGCUCCAGAGGGGGGCGCCAGAGGGGGGCGCCAGAGGGGGGCGCCAGAGGGGGCCGUCAGAGGGGGGUGCCAGAGGGGGCCGUCAGAGGGGGGCGCCAGGGGGGGGCACCAGGGGGGGCCGUCAGAGGGGGGCGCCAGAGGGGGGCGCCAGAGGGGGGUGCCAGAGGGGGGUGCCAGAGGGGGCCGUCAGAGGGGGGUGCCAGAGGGGGCCGUCAGAGGGGGGCGCCAGGGGGGGGGGGCCAGAGGGGGGGGGCCAGAGGGGGGCGCCAGGGGGGGGGGGCCAGAGGGGGGUGCCAGGGGGGGGCACCAGGGGGGGCCGUCAGAGGGGGGUGCCAGGGGGGGGCACCAGGGGGGGCCGUCAGAGGGGGGCGCCAGAGGGGGGUGCCAGAGGGGGCCGUCAGAGGGGGGCGCCAGAGGGGGGCGCCAGGGGGGGCGGCCAGAGGGGGGGGGCCAGAGGGGGGGGCCAGAGGGGGGGGGGCAGAGGGGGGCGCCAGAGGGGGGCGCCAGGGGGGGGGGGCCAGAGGGGGCCGUCAGAGGGGGGCGCCAGAGGGGGCCGUCAGAGGGGGGCGCCAGGGGGGGGUGCCAGAGGGGGGUGCCAGAGGGGGGCGCCGGGGGGGGGGGGGCAGAGGGGGCCGUCAGAGGGGGGCGCCAGGGGGGGGGGCCAGAGGGGGGCGCCAGGGGGGGGGGCCAGAGGGGGCCGUCAGAGGGGGGUGCCAGAGGGGGGCGCCAGGGGGGGGGGCAGAGGGGGCCGUCAGAGGGGGGGGGGGCCAGAGGGGGGCGCCAGAGGGGGGCGCCAGGGGGGGGGGCCAGAGGGGGGCGCCAGGGGGGGGGGGCCAGAGGGGGCCGUCAGAGGGGGGCGCCAGCGGGGGCCGUCAGAGGGGGAGCGACACCUCUCCAGAUGAGAAGAUACGUAUUCAGCUGGUGUCAGUUCCUAUGUACGGCAUCCUGACCAGGACAGGGUCAGACUCAGAGCAGGAGAUGACACAGUACUCCUCUUUCACCAUGGACGACAUCAACAAACACCGGAUCAGGUACAUCACUUCCUUUGAGACAGGAAACCAACCAGUGACAGACAUCUUCCAUUUCAUUGUUUACGACGGUGAAAACAAUCGCCUUGACAACCAGAUGUGUACCAUCACCAUCACCUCCAAGCAGACACAGCCUCCAAUGGUCACUGUCCGCAGUGGCAUUAAGGUCCAGGGAGGAGGACGAGUCCAGCUGUCAACCAAUCACAUCAUUGUAUCAGAUCUGGACACACCCAACAAGGAUCUGCUGGUUUGGAUGAUCAGCGUGCCCAAAUAUGGCUUCAUUGAGAACACAAUAGGACGAGGUGUGUUGGGCUUGAUGGGCGGUUCAAAUAGCCUCAUCGUCAGUCCAGAGGUUCCCUUCUCUGUGGACGACCUGACCGCUGACCACAUCUUCUACGUUCAGAACGUCCAGAACACUGACCACCACUACCAGGACACCUUCUCCUUCUACAUCAGUGAUGGGUCCAGUCAGACAGAGGCCUUCAAUGUCAACAUAGACAUACAGCAGAGUAAAGAGGAGAAGGUGCCAGUGGUGUCAGUGAACAGGGUCCGGGUGGAGGAAAACUCAGGAGUGGUCAUCACUAACUCCUCUCUCAACGUCCUGGACCAAGACACACCAGACAACGACAUCAUCAUCACCGUCACCAAGCAACCUGCCUACGGCAAGCUGCGUAGACGUCAGUUCUACUCCCAGCCUCUGGAGAACGGUUGGGUCCUUUCUCAGGGUUCCACAUUCACCUACCAGGACGUGUUGGAUCUGCUUCUGGUGUACACCCCUGAUGUGACCAGCGGGGGCAGUGAUGAGCUAGCCUUCUCCCUGACCGACGGCAUCCACACCAGCACCGGGCGGCUCACCUUCACCAUAGACGUCAGGAAGACUGAAGGACCAAGGGUGACAGUUAACAGAGGCCUGCAGCUGGCCGCAGGCGCAGCGUCUAAGAUCACUGAGCAGAACCUGAAGGGAUCAGAUUCCGACUCAGACAGCCUGAAGCUGAGGUACAUCCUCAUCAAAGAUCCUCCAGUAGGAACACUACAUCUUUCUAAAAGAGGAGGACAGGACAAGGUGGCUGUUAAAGGACCUGUCAAGAGCUUCACACAGGAGGAGGUCAACAAAGGUCUGUUGGAGUACAGUCAUGAAAAGGGAGAUGAAGGAGGGUCCAUCUCCUUCAAGUUCAACCUGGUGGAUCCAGAGGGCAACAAACUGAUCGACCAGUCUUUCUUCAUCACUAUACUAGAGGACCACCUGCCCCCCUCUGUGGUAGUGAAUAAGGGUCUUGUGUUGGAUGAGAACACAGUGAAGAAGCUGACUACUCUCCAGCUGUCAGCUACAGACCAGGACAGUGAGCCUGGAGAACUGGUGUACCGCAUCACCAAGCAGACUGCACUGGGACACCUGGAGCACGCCAGCACCCCAGGAAGCCGCAUUACUUCCUUCUCCCAGGCUGACCUGGCUUCACGUAGCAUCCAGUACGUUCACACCAGCGAAGAAGAGAAGCCCACAGAUGAGUUCUCAUUCAUAGUGUCUGACGGGGUUAAUGAGGUUGCCCAGACGUUCUACAUCACCAUCCGGCCGGUGGAUGACUCCCUCCCUCUGCUGGUGGUUCCUGGGAUGAGGGUUCAGGAAGGGGUCAGGAAGACCAUCACUGAGUUUGAACUGAAGGCCACGGACGCUGACACAGAGGAGGAGUCCAUCACCUUCACCGUAGUCCAGGCCCCCCGUCACGGCACCAUGGAGCGGACCAACAACGGACAGAACUACCGUCAGACCAGCAGCUUCACCAUGGAUGACGUCUACCAGAACAGAAUCAGCUACAACCACGAUGGAUCCAACUCACUGAAGGACAGAUUCACCUUCACUGUAGCUGACGGGACUAACGUCUUCUUUAUGGUGGAGGAGGCAGGCAAGGAGGUGUUGACUGCUGCACCCCAGAAGUUUAUGAUAGACAUUCUGCCUGUUGAUGAUGGAGCACCUCGUAUCGUCAUGAACCUGGGUCUGCAGUGGCUGGAGGACACGGACAACAAGGCCACCAACCUGAUCAGUAAGAAGGAGCUGUUGACCAUGGACCCAGACACCGACGAUGGUCAGCUGGUCUAUGAGGUCACAGCAGAGCCUAAACACGGCUUCUUGGAGAGCAAACUGAAACCUGGCGCUCCCAUCACCACCUUCACACAAGCUGACGUUAACCUGGGCUUGAUCCGCUACGUGCUCCAUGAAGACAGCGUGACAGAGACCGUGGACAACUUUACGUUCCUGGUGAAGGACAGCAAGCCCAAUGUUGUCUCUGAUAACCUCUUCCAUAUCCAGUGGUCCCUCGUCAGCUUCCAACACAGGAGCUACAAUGUGAGUGAGAAGGCUGGCACGGUGUCGGUCACAGUGAAGAGGACGGGUAACCUGAACCAGUAUGCCAUCGUGCUGUGUCGUACGGAGCAGGGCACUGCCACCUCUACCUCCAGUGUGGGCUCUCGCCCCGGACAACACGACUACGUGGAGUACGCUGGACAGGUCCAGUUUGACGAGCGUGAGGACACAAAGGUGUGUACCGUAGUGAUCCAGGACGACAAGGUGUUUGAGGGCAUGGAGAGUUUCCAGGUGGAGCUGAGCAUGCCUGUCUACGCCCUCCUGGGUCAGGUGACCCGCGCCAGCGUCAACAUCAACGACACAGAGGACGAACCCAUGCUGCAGUUUGACAAGAAGACCUACCACGUCAACGAGAGUACCGGGUUUAUACACGUUCCUAUAGAGAGGAAAGGUGACACCAGCAGUACGGUCUCAGCUCUCUGUUACACGGUUCCUAAGUCAGCUAAGGGUAGCAGUCCACACGGCCUGGAGUCUGGGUCUGACUAUAAGAGUCGAGGUAUGACUGUUGACAGCAGGGUCAUCUUCGGCCCCGGCGUCUCCAUGUCCACCUGCGACGUCAAGCUCAUCGACGACAGCGAAUACGAACUCUCCGAGGAGUUUGAGCUCCACCUAUCGGACGCCUCGGAUAACACCCGCGUGGGUGAUGUCGGCGUGGCGAAGGUGGUUAUCGACGGGCCAAAUGAUGCUUUGACGGUAUCCCUGGGCAACGCUACGUUUACGUUCAGCGAGGACGCCGGCACCAUAGAGAUCCCAGUGCUGCGUCAGGGCAGUGACCUGUCGUCAGUGACCUCUGUGUGGUGCGCCACACGCACUUCUGACCCCAUCUCCGCCACCCCCGGGGUCGACUACAUCCCCUCCUCCAGGAAGGUGGAGUUCAAAGCCGGAACGACUGUGGAGACGUGCAGUCUGACCAUCAUGGAUGACAUCCAGAACCCAGCCAUGGAGGGGGCUGAGUCCUUUGUAGUGUUCCUCUCCUCCCCUCAUGGGGCCGUCCUUCUGGAACCUUUCCAAGCCUCCGUGGUCAUCACUGAUACCUUGGACCUUCCCAGCAUGCAGUUUGAGAAGACGGCGUACAAGGUGACGGAGAAGGAGGGCGUGCUGGACAUCCCCAUCGUUAGAACGGGAGACCUGACGGUCAAGUCCUCUGUCCUCUGCUUCACGCGCACCAUGUCUGCCAUGGUCACGGACGACUUUGAGGAGAGGAGAAACGCAGACGACUCACGUAUCGCCUUUCUCAAGGGAGAGAAGGUCAAGAACUGCACAGUGCACAUCAACGACGACUCUGUGUUCGAGCCUGAGGAGGAGUUCCAGGUGCAUCUUGGGACGCCGCUUGGGGACCACUGGAGUGGAGCCAUGGUGGGAGUUAGCGACGUGGUCACGGUAACCAUCACUAACGCCGAGGACGCCCCCACCAUAAAGUUUGAGCAGACGUCGUACCAGGUGCGGGAGCCUCCCGGGCCAGACGGAAUCGAGGUGCUUCACAUCAAGGUGGUCAGGACAGGAGACCAGGACCGCACUUCCAAGGUCCGCUGCAGCACCCGGGACGGAUCAGCCCAGUCCGGAGUGGACUAUAACCCCAAGAGCAGAGUCCUCAAGUUCACCCCUGGCAUGGACCACAUCCUGUUCAAUGUGGAGAUUCUGUCCAAUGAGGACAGAGAGUGGCACGAGUCCUUCUCGUUGGUCCUCGGCCCUGACGACCCAGUGGAGGCGGUGCUUGGAGAGAUCACCACGGCAACAGUCACCAUCCUGGACCAGGAAGCUGCGGGGAGUCUCAUCCUUCCGGCCACGCCUAUAGUGGUAUCUCUGUCAGACUAUGAUAACGUGGCUGAGGUGUCCAGGGAGGGCAGUAAGAAGCAGCCGUCGCCCGGUUACCCCCUGGUGUGUGUGACGCCCUGUGACCCCCACUACCCCAAAUACUCUGUAAUGAGGGAGCGCUGCGACGAGGCAGGUAUCAACCAGACAUCUGUUCACUUCUCCUGGGAGGUGGCUGCCCCUACAGACACCAACGGGGCCAGGUCACCCUUCGAGACCGUCACUGAUACCACACCAUACACUGGUGUUAACCAUAUGGUCCUGGACAGUAUCUAUUUCUCUCGGCGAUUCCAUGUACGCUGUGUGGCUCAGGCCCGGGACAAGUCCGGCCAUCUUGGAACACCCCUGAGGAGUAACAUAGCAACCGUCGGCACCGAGUGUUCCAUCUGCCACACCCCCGUUACCACGGGAACCGCCAGAGGGUUCCAGGCCCAGUCGUUCAUCGCCACGCUGAAGUACCUGGACGUCAAACACAAGAGGCAUCCGAACCGUAUCCACAUCUCGGUGCAGAUCCCCCACCAGGACGGUAUGCUGCCCCUAGUGUCCAGCAUGCCCCUCCACAACCUGCACUUCCUGCUGUCAGAGUCCAUCUACAGACAACAGCACGUCUGUUCAAACCUGGUCACUCUCAAAGACCUGCAGGGGGUCUCCGAGACAGGUUUCCUGGAUGAUGUCCAGUAUGACAGUAUCUCUCUGGGUCCGGGUUAUGACAGACCCUACCAGUUCAACCCCAGUGUCAGAGAGGCUCAGAGCAUCCAGCUGUAUAAACACCUCAACCUGAAGAGCUGUAUCUGGACCUUUGAUGCCUACUACGACAUGACGGAACUCAUAGACGUCUGUGGAGGCUCCGUCACGGCCGACUUCCAGGUAUGAGACUCCCUCUAG